UUUCCUAGGAAUUGCCCAGAAGCCGGUACCCAGGUGUGCACCCAGAAUGGCGGCCCCCGGCUGCCUGUCCCUUUGUAUCUGCCCGGAGAGCGGGGCCGGGCCAGUUGGCUUGUGCUUCUCUCAUCCCAAGGGCUGACAUGGGGCUGCAGCCUACACUGGCUUCUUCCUGUGCAACCAGGUAUUUGGUCUCAUCACAAACCUGCACUGAGCGCCGAACCGUGUGGCUGCUAAUAAGCUGUAGGGGCUGGGGGUUCGGUACCGGCUAUAUAACUGGUUUGUUGUUUGGGUGUAUCUCCCCUUUAAUGCAGAACAGCUCCCAUUGGCUGAACCGGCAGUGCUCCAUACACACAAGCCAGGGAUAAUCUGUACAACUCACACUGGGGCGUUAGUCCCCCCCGCUGUUCCCAGGCCUGAUGGAUAAGAAGCUGAUAAAGUAAUGAGGAACCAAGGCCCUCCAAUCAGCACACAGCCAGCAAAGCUCCGCCCAUUGCCAACAUGGAGUCACGCUUGUCCCGUUAUUCAGUGACCGCCCCCAGUGUGAAAGUGGAAAAGGAACCCGCCGGCACCAAUCACAUAGCUGCAAUAAAGAGAGAAACAGAUUCAUUUUCAUUGGACGGUAACUAAUUCCCUGCAUCCCGCAGGGGCUCCCAGAAGCACAGGGAAUGCACACAGACGCGCGGGCUUCCCCAGAGCCACAGCCGGAAAUAUUACAGAUAAAGAUAAAGGAGGAAGAGGCUGAAUUUGAUUCCGACGCAGACCAGAUAGACAGCGUGGAAGUCACACUUUCUGAUGGGGAGUACAGCCCAAGUGAUGAGGGAAGUAUCCACACGGAACCCCCGAGAUUAUGGAGAAAAUGCCGGAGCCUCCCAGCACCAAAAGCCCAGGGUGACGUCUGUUCCAAAGAGUCGAGUUAUAUUUGCAGUAAAUGUGGGAAAAGCUUCUGUAAGGGCAGAGAUCUGCCAUCUCACGUCUGUAUCAGCGCUUUCUACGACAUCCAGCCCCAAGACGUGGCCCCCGCGGGGGAAUUCCACUGCUCCGAAUGCGGCACGACUUUCUCCCGUAAGGCGGCCCUCUUGGAACAUCUGAGGCUUCACAAGGGGGAGAAACCAUUUGUCUGCAGGGCAUGUGGGAAACUGUUUGCCCGGAAGCUCCUCCUCCAGAACCACCAGAAGGAGCACUCGGGGGGGAAACCAUUCACCUGCGCGCAGUGCGGCAAAAGCUUUUCCAAGAAGUUCAACCUUAUGAGGCACGAGAAGAGCAGCCUUCAGAUCCACCAGAAACAAAGCACGGAGGCCAAACUCUUCCCCUGCGCUUACUGCGACAAGAGCUUCUCCCGCAAGUUCAACCUGCUCCGCCACGAGAUCGUCCACAUGGUGCAAAUAACGUGCAAAGUGUGCGGCAGAGGCUUUCACCAAAAGGUUUCCCUCAAAAUCGAAACCGGGGAGAAACCCUUCCUGUGCUCCGAGUGUGAGAAGGUCAGUUCCGACUGCGGAAAGAAAAGGACUCAGCCGUUCAAGUGCCCGCGGUGCGGGGAUACGUUCUUUCAGAAGUCGCACCUCCUCGCCCACCAGAAAGUUCACGAAAGGGAGAAACGCUUCAGCUGCGCAAAGUGCGGGGAGAGGUUCCCCACCAACAAGGAACUGAGGAAACACAGGAAGUCCCAUAGGGUUAGGAAAGUGGGGGCGGAGGCUGGGGAGUCAGAAAAACGGGAAAGGGAAUGAGAAAGCGCCUCCUACAGGGCUGUCAGGAUAAGCCCCCGGGGAGAAGCUUGUCAGGGGAAUAUAAGGCUGGGCCUUAGUACCCACGGGUUAUUAUACAGGACAUCGGCCAUCGCUUUAUUCUAUAGAAGGACCCCUAUCUGGUUGGAUAAGGGGUUACAUGCACCUAUGGGCAAUCUGCCCCCUCCUUAAAGGGAUACAGUCAGUAAUGCAUUAGGAGCCCAGACUGGAUCUGUGGGUUCUGGCAAACACAGAGGGGCUGCCGUAAGAUGCCGGAGACAGGGAACUGCGCAUGGAAAGGCAUUUGGGACCGGUUAGUCCUAUCGCGGGCGACUAAAGAUGCCCAUACACCUUGCCGAGCGAGCGGAUAUUCUCCCAAUAUCCCCCACCUACGGGUGGGCAAUAUCGGGAGAAUCCAGGCUAAUUCGAUCGUUUGGCCCUGGGGCCAAACAAUCGUAUUGUAACGAUGGGUAUAGGCAAAGUCGGUCCGGGGACUGCGUCAACGAGCCAAUGUGGUCCCCGAUCCGACUAGAUUUUCUAACCUGGCUGAUUUCAGGCCAUAUAUCGGUCGGGCAGGCCUGUCGGUACGGUAACAGCCCUAUUGCCCAGGCAGUCAGUGUUUCCUGUGAGAUGCUUUCCAACCAGUGUCCAAACACAGAACUGAGUAGCCAAGGGGCUUGCACUGAUCCCUAAGGGCAAUAUAAACCAGGCUGAUGUAGCCCCGCCCUCUGCCCAGAGCUUGGGUGCCCUUCAUUCCCUGGCUCCCAGCUCCACUCAGGAGACUAAUUAUAUCUGUAUAUUAGUAAGUUACAACUGUUACUCAAUAAACACUAGGGGGGAAACUAAGUAGAGCUUUUUUUAAAGGGUAACUAAACCCCCACAUUACUAAAAGCUUGAUAGUCGCCCUGCUCCAUCCCCGACCAGCCACAUUGGGUGGCUUCCAUUGGGUACGAUCCUGCUUGCUGAUCUCCAUUGUGGAGCCUGGGACUGGAAGAAUGAUGAACAAUGGUGGGAGUAGUUCCCUUUAAAUCCAUGAUCAUGGCUGGAGGUAGGUGCACAUCAAUGGGGGCUUUAAGGCUAUUCUGUCACCCAAUCCCAUCGUUACAGCUCCUUUGUAUUUUUUAUAUGCAAUUGACUGGCAGAUUCUGUUACAUUCUGUAAAGUUUCCAUAAAGUCACUUAUUUCAAUGUAA